GUGGUGGCGAGUCCGACGUCAAAUUACCACCGCAGACUUCAUUGCGGCCAAAUACAACUACCCGCACGGUCCAAGUCUGCCCAGGAGAAUGGAGUCACCAAGGUCAAACCAUCAUCCACUCGUCUCACUUUCUGCACUGAGAGGCAUGUCCCCAAGCUGGGCGUGAUGCUUGUCGGCUGGGGAGGGAACAACGGGACGACCGUGACGGCCGCCGUCCUGGCCAACAAGCUCGGCCUGACCUGGAUGACCAAAGUGGGCCAAAAGCGUGCCAACUACUACGGUUCCCUCUUGCAAGCGUCCACAGUCUGCUUGGGCAAUGGCCCCGCUGGCGAAGUCUACAUCCCCUUCUGUGAUCUGCUCCCCAUGGUGCAUCCCAAUGAUAUUGUCUUUGAUGGCUGGGAUAUCUCCUCCUUGAACCUGGCUGAUGCCAUGUGCAGGGCCCAAGUCUUGGACUGGCCGCUGCAGGAGCAACUCCGGCCAUACAUGGAGAGCAUGAAGCCCCGGCCAUCCAUCUACAUCCCUGAGUUCAUUGCAGCAAACCAGGAGGAACGGGCUGACAAUGUGCUGAUGGGGACCAAAGCUGAGCAGGUGGCCCAAAUCCGUCGUGAUAUCCGUGACUUCAAGAACAGCAGUGGGGUGGCCAAAGUCAUCGUUCUUUGGACAGCAAACACUGAGCGUUUCUGCGACGUCAUGCCUGGCAUGAACGACACGGCCGAAAACUUACUCCAAGCCAUUGAGUCUGGUCGGGAAGUGUCCCCAUCCACCCUCUUCGCUGUGGCCAGCAUCCUGGAGGGCUGCCCCUAUAUCAACGGGUCCCCCCAGAAUACCUUUGUGCCCGGAGCCAUCGAACUCGCCACCCAACACCAAGUCUUCAUUGCUGGGGACGACUUCAAGUCUGGUCAGACAAAACUCAAAUCUGUCCUGGUGGAUUUCCUCGUCAGCUCCGGGAUUAAGCCGGUCUCCAUUGUUAGCUACAACCACCUGGGCAACAACGACGGGCGCAAUCUCUCAGCUCCGGCCCAGUUUCGUUCCACCUGA